AUGCCCCUGAUUGUAUUUGACACUGCUGUUGCUGACCUGGCGUGUGACCCGACCAUUCUAUGCCCGCUGACUUGUACCUUGCCGUCCUCUCUGUUACCCGACCCCCCGGCCCGUCUGAACCUUGCUCAUCCAUCCCUUGCAAUCCCUUGCAGUGGGGUCCUUCUGACCUCUCUACAUCCAGGACUCUUCCCGUGGGAGCCCUUGGCGGCAUACCACUACCACUGACGGACGCACCCAGUAGCCCACGACCUGGUCUCGGGGGGCGGGGGGCUUCCAAGUCCAUCCCCACCAUCAGGGGGCCCUGGUGAACAAGCACCCUGGGACUUA